CGAAUAAAUUUGCACACAUAUUUAUGUACUGUACUGUAGCGUGAGGAAAAGUUUUAAGAAAAUAAAAAGUUUGAGGAUAAAAAAAGUUUCGGAGCCAUAAAAUCACUGACUUUAUUUAAUUAAAUCAGUUUGCCCGCGUAAUCGAUAUCUCAAAUAAAGUUUAUCUGUUUGGGUAAAGAGUCUUGUUCUUGUCACUUUCUAUCUGGUGUAUUGAGUAGUGAGCGCGUGGUCUCAUUUAAGAGUGACCUUGCAUUGGCUGCCGAAGGACAAGUAGAAGAGUCAAGAGAGAAAGAAAGAAAACUGUACUGCAACCUCGUGACAAUCAUUUAUCAGUGUUCCCAGGUACCUUCACCACAGACAAGCUCAAUUGCACGUACAAAAAUUCAUUAUUUAUUAUUAUCAUCAUUAUUAAUUAAUGAUAUUGAUAUUGAUAGACAAAAUUAUACGUAGAUAGUAAACGUGUUAAUAAAUUAGCACGCGUGUUGUGCACAUAUCCUACCAAGGUUACUUCAAAAUUGUACCUACGCCGUUUCAAUUAAACUAUUCGUGAUCAGCGACAGCACAAUUGUUGGUCGUUAUCAAUAUUUAUUAUUCAGAAGAAAAAAAUAUAUAUCUAGAUCACACUCAUAUCAGAACUCAGUAUUUUAUAAUUUAUCUCUAGUCAUCGUUACUGAUUUAAAUCCUAAUCUUUAUCAGGAUCUGUUGUUUGUGCGGCGUUACGAGUAAAAAUAAUCUGACAGACAAUCACUUGAAACGCUCACUCACAUUUGUAAAUAAAAUAAAGCAGUAGAGUUUAGACAAGUUACUGACGAAUGUCUGAUUUGAAUAAAUAAUUUUAGCUUGUACGCUAAAUAAAAGAUAAAGUUGACGGAGUUUUAAGAGAGAGAAAGAGAGGAAUUGACUAAAGUUUGUGUGAUAAACACAAAGAAAGAGCUGAAGAUUGCUUUGUCUUUUACCGGGACAGGGUUUUACGGUGAGACGUAAAAGGACAGAAGAGAAAGAAAGAGAGAGAGUAGGGCAAGGAGAACAGGCCAAGGCAACAAUUCUUGGGCGACUGUACAGCAACUUUGGCAACAGCAAGCUGUGGUGGCAAACAACAAGUGGACCACCUCGAGACUCAAAAGUAAGGAUAAAUUUACUGGAUAAUCUGCGGCAACAACAGCAGCAGAUACCGCUGCACAGUAGACAGUUGGACGAGUGUGCAACAAACGUCGCGGGAAUUGCAGCCCUAUUUAGAACACGGGCGCUAUUUACCCGCGGCUAUAAUCAUCACCAAUAUCAAUAUCAGUAUCAAUAUCCCAGCCACAAUCAUUAUCAAAAUCAAUACCAUACUCCUCGUAGUCAGUACAAUCCGUCAUUUGUCAUCAGUAAGUUCGAAUUCGGCGAGCACGACGACGUGAACGCCGCCGAAAGAGGCUCUACCGCCAUCACCACGUAUUUUCAUUCGUACUCGUUUGUGCCGGGAGGUGCGGUACCCCUGCCACCGGCCCUGCACUCAAAUCACCCCAGUUUUACCGGCGGUCAUCACUUGUUCGGUCAGCAGGGCUGCAGUCUCGCCUGCACCUGCACCUGUACCUGUACCGCGAGCAUCGUUUCCGCCGCAGCCGCGGCUCAUCAUCCUCAAUUACAUCAGCACCAUCGUGCCCUUGGCACGGCUUCCUCCGCCACGGUUCUCCUCCAGCCCGUUGAUCAGAUCAAGGACGCCAUGGUGAGUGUCCCCAUGAGUGAAUUUCUGCAACGAGUAACGAGCACAUUUGACCUGCGGAGAGGAAGUGAUGAACUCUUGUCUCAAAGUGGUGCUGUCAAUAAUGGUGCAUCGAUGAGUCCUCAACCUCAUCACGCGACUGACAACAAUAAUGAUGCAAAAAAGGCUAAGCUGGACAAGAGUCACAACGGCAAGCCUUCAAAGGUAGUUCACAUACGGAAUAUCGCAAGUGAAGUUUCUGAGUCUGAAAUUAUCAAUUUGGGAAUGCCGUUCGGCAGAGUCACCAACGUUCUUGUUCUCAAGGGAAAGAAUCAGGCGUUUUUGGAAAUGGCUGACGAAAAUGCGGCGACGACGAUGGUCGGUUAUUAUGCAUCAAGUGGUGCGGCACUGAGAGGACGUGCUGUCUACGUUCAAUUCAGUAAUCACCGUGAGCUCAAGACUGACCAGGCCCACAGCAACGCGGUCAGUAGUCUCGCUACAAACACCAUCGUCAAUAAAUUAAACAACUCAAACACGCAAGUGGCACUGCAGGUGGCUCAGGGACAGAAUAUUCAGAGUCCUGGUGAAACGCAAGGAGGACCUAAUACUGUACUCCGGGUCAUCAUUGAACACAUGAUCUACCCUAUUUCCCUGGACAUUCUUUAUCAGAUAUUCACGCGCUUUGGCAAAGUAUUAAAAAUUGUUACCUUCACUAAAAACAGUACGUUCCAAGCACUGAUACAGUAUUCGGAUACAAUAGCUGCGCAGAAUGCUAAAGCAACUCUAGAUGGACAAAACAUUUACAACUCGUGCUGUACACUACGCAUUGAUUUUAGUAAAAUGCAAAGUUUGAAUGUUAAAUACAAUAAUGACAAAUCACGUGACUACACAAAUCCGACGUUGCCGACAGGUGAUCCAAAUUUAGAUGCCGCAUCUUUGGCACUUGGUGGUGAAUUACUUCCUCAGCUUCUUCUUGGUGCUGCUGGCACUCAGCCACGCGCACGUUUACCUGAGUCAAUUACAGGAGCUCCGAGCGUCCUUGCGUCGCCUUUUGCCGCAAUGCACGGGCUACCGUCGCCACUUGGAGGACCUUACGGUAAUGGCGUGGCACCAGGUGCCGGACUUGCCGGUCUUGGUGGUUUUAGUCUUGGAGCGGGUGCACUCGGUGUACGUGUACCGGGAAAUCCUCAGAUAUCCUCAGUCUUGCUUGUCACCAAUCUUAAUGAAGAGAUGGUCACGCCUGACGCUCUCUUUACCCUGUUUGGCGUUUAUGGGGAUGUACAACGUGUGAAGAUUCUUUACAAUAAAAAAGACUCAGCCCUUAUCCAGAUGGCCGAGCCCCAUCAAGGUCAUUUAGCAAUGACUCACAUGGACAAACUAAAAGUCUUUGGAAAACAAAUCAGAGUGGUGGUCAGCAAACACCAGACUGUCCAAUUACCAAAGGAGGGACAACCAGAUGCGGGUUUAACUAAGGACUACACCAACAGCCCUUUGCACCGAUUCAAAAAACCAGGCUCGAAAAAUUACCAAAAUAUCUACCCACCAAGUGCAACUUUGCAUUUAUCUAACAUUCCGGCAACUGUAACAGAAGACGAGAUAAAGGAUGCCUUUACGUCGAACGGCUUUACAGUAAAAGCAUUUAAAUUUUUCCCUAAGGACAGAAAAAUGGCCCUUAUUCAGAUGCCCAGCAUGGAUGACGCAGUAGCAGCUCUUAUUAAAAUGCACAACUAUCAAUUGAGUGAAUCCAACCACCUGCGAGUUUCAUUUUCAAAGAGCAACAUCUAACAAGAGCGAUCGUACAUCGAGUCGCAGUGGUUCCAGCCAUACGCUCUUGUUCACUAUUGGACUCACUCUACCCUCUAUGACUGAUAGAUCCACCGACUCUGCAAUCGCUCCGAUAAUGGACUACCAUUGACACACACACUACACAGAUACUGCGAUACUUUAGCCAUCUCUCAGCGAAUAGAACCCAACAAAACUCGCUCUCAUUCGUCAACGUCCUUCAGCCGUAACACUUGACAAUCCAAGUCAGGGGGAAUGAGUACAAGGAUCAAAAAAAUUACUACAACUAAAACCAAGCUUGCGAUUCCUCAUUCCGCUCGCGGUCACGUCGGUCAACUUGUCACAUUCCUAGACACAAAUACCGCCAGUUAACGAACACAAAUACUAAUUAAUUAAUCUAAUUAUUAUUAUUAUUAUUAUUUUAAAUAAUUUUUAAAAAGUGUCGCCUUUAUCAGAGUGGACACAAGAGCCGAUCGAUAAAUUCUUGUCGGAUCUUAAUAUACAAGAGGUUAUUCUCGAGCUUGAAAUUACUGAUCCUGGAAUUGUCUCAUUGAACAAAAAUAAUAAUAAUAAUAAUUUUAUUUGCUAAAGAAGUUAAUUAACGAGCCGAGUUUUCGAUUUAAAUGUGUCAGUUACGGCGACCUAGAGACUAUUGUCUAGAUUAACACAAUUAUCUAUAGUCUAUACUCAAUAGUUAUAAAGUAAUUAAAGGAUCUGAAGACUUUGAAUGUUUAAAAAAAGUUAAGAAGGGCUUGCCGAAUAAAUAGCAGUUAAAUAAUUACACUCUUGUACAGAAUCCACGUAUCGUAAGAUAUUUUACAAAUAAGCCGGCCGCAUUAGCGUCCAAUUGCUGGUGAUUCAUAUAUUAUUAAUUAUAAUUAUAACUAUAAUUAUUAUCAUUAUUAGAAUAUAAGGAAUUUUUAAGACCGCAAGACGAGAUCUUUUUGCAUAAAUUAACUUCACAUUCAUUCUUAACGGCUUAUCGGUGCUACUAUCGUCCAACACAUAAAUUAUUAAUUAUUCCUGUUAUGUCUCGAGCGAUAGCCUCACACCCGCCGAGAAUGUUUGGAUUUAAAAAGUUUAUUAGCAAGAGAUAAAUUGUGACAUUAAUUAAGAGCACGGAAGAAUUAAAGUAAAAACGAAUAAUAGGUGUCCAGUAUUCAACUAGUCGGUCGUAGCCAUCACCGUUGACAGCGAUAACAAAAAUAAUUAGUAUGAAAAAUAUUUAAUAGUAAAUAUUAAUAAUAAAUGCGAGCUAAACGCAAGACAAUCGUGCUGUGAUUUUUGCAUGAACCAGCACAUCAGAUGUACAAAAAACUUCAUUAAUUAAUUAAUUAAUUAAUCAAUUUUUAAAAAUCAGAUCUUUAUUUUUUAAUCCUGCAUGUGGAAAUUUUAUUUUGUCACGGCUGUCAACGCGCGCGAUUCAGACUGCAUUUUUUAAAGAAACAUAUAUAUACAUAUGUAUAUAUAUCGCGUUAUUAAUUCUAAAAGGACAUAUUUUUAUACGCCCUUUGGAUUUAGUCAUUAAAUUUAAAGCCAAAAGGGCAUUCAAUUUUUUUUUUUUAUAAAUAAUCAGACUAGAAUUUUUCUAAAUCUGAAAAUUGAAAAAUCAUUUUCAGCUCUAAGGUAAAAAACCUAGUACCCGAUCAGGGAACUAGUACUUGAUCACUUCAUGAAUUUGUAUAUCUAUACUUAGUAAAUAUAAAUAUCUAAAUACGUGAGUGAUCGGAUACUAGUUCCCUGAUCAGAUACUGAGUCUCUCCCCUUAAAAUAAGUCUACAAAAUUGUCAAUGAAAAAAAAUUAUACGCCCUUUUGGAUUUAGUCAUUAAGUUUAAAACCAAAAAGGGCAUCACUUUUUUUUUAUUAAUAAUCAGACUAGAAUUUUUCUAAACCUGAAAAUUGGAAAAUAAUUUUCAGCUCUAAGGUAAAAAGACCUAGUACCCGAUCAGGGAACUCGUACUCGAUCACUUCAUGAAUUUGUAUAUCUAUACUUAGUAAAUAUAAAUAUCCAAAUACGUGAGUGAUCGAGUACUAGCUCCCUGAUCAGGUACUGAGUCUCUCCCCUUAAAAUAAGUCAACCAAAUUGUCAAUGAAAAAAAAUUACACGCCCUUUUGGUUCUAAAAACUUCCCUAAAGCCAGAACGUAUAAAAAUAUCUCCUUCAAAAUUAGUAACGCGGUAUAAAUCUACAUACAUAUAAAUAGUUUUUAAACUAUUAUUUUAAAUAAUUGCAUUGAACAAGUAUUAUACGCACACGAUCGCUGAUAUAUCCACAUUAUACAUUAACAUGUUAUAUUAAUUUUAAUCUAAGUUAAUUACUAUUUUUUUUCUUUGUUUAUUUCAUACUUCUUAUUUACAAAUACGUAUUUUUUGUCUAAUUGAUAGCAUGUAAUUAUUAUUUAAAAGGAUAAGGAUCGUUUAACAUAUCGCCGUUUCAUAUAUUUGAGUAUAUUAUUAAUUAUGACUAAGAUAAAUAAUAAAAUAACAAACAAGAACAAAAAAAUGAAAUAAUAUGUAAUGUAUUUUACAGAGAAGACGGGUUUAAACUGACAAAGAUUGAGGGAUUUUAAUUUAAUUAAGCUCACGCUAAGUAUAUUAUCAUUGCCUGUGAGAUUGAUAAUAUUAAUUCUCAUGAUAUGGAUUUAUGUAAUGUGAAAAUUGUCUUCCAUCGGCAACUCGAUCGUUCACCUCAACAUUUAUAAUAAUAAAAAUAUUAAUAAUAAUAAUAAUAAUUAUAAUAAUAAU